AUGCCCCCCAAGGCCGCAGCCCGUCGAGGUCGAGGCGCAGCUGCAACAGCCACCGCCGCUAGUCGACGGAAUGAAGGCACCGAAGGCGCAUCCGCCAGUCCAGCGCCGGCACCGGCCGGCGAGACGGGGACGCGAUCGAGCGCGACUCCGGGCGCCGCGCGAGCUCCAGUGCAACGACUGCAAUCCCUGAAGAAACGUACCCCCUCGGGCAGCAUCGCGCCCGCUGCGAAACCGCCUGCCGGUCCGGACGGGGAGCCCGCGAAGCCGACGCUGAAGUAUAAGCCGCGAGCGGUGGGCCGACGGAGUAAGGAGGAGCGAGAGGCGAUCGAGAAGCUGGAGGCGGAGAGAAAUCGCGAGCGGUUGGCUGAGGCGGCGGCGAUUCAACGCGGUCGCGGCCAGGACGGAUCGCGGGGACGUGGGGGUGCCGGACGCGGCCGAGGCGGCGCAAUGGGCUCGGCCGGACCGCUGGGCUCGGGGACGGGGAUGGGUGGUGCGCGCAGAGGGCGCGGUGGGUUUGGACGGUUCGGAAAUCAGGACUCGAGAAAUUCGUCGAUGUCGCGGCGGAGUCGGUCCGUUAUGGAUCUGGGCAGUGGUCAUGUCUCUCGAGAUGUGUCUUCGGAUGAGAGUGAUAACGAAGUAAGGGUUAGUAUCGAUCAGAUCAAUCUGGAGAGCGACGAGGAUGAGCCCGCGCCGAUGGAGGAGAAGAAGAAGAAGAAGGGCAAAAUGGCCGUGAAGAACGCCGACCGGCAUGGCAGCGAGAAGGGCUUGCGGCCGAUUCGGGUGGAAAGACAUGAGCACGAGGAGCGAGUGGUCAGCGUGAAUAUGGAAUCCAGCUCGAGCAAAUCGGCCGAGCUGCGACAGCAGGCGCAAGCGCAGGCCACUCAGGACGAUGCUUUGUUCGUGCAAGAUGAUGACCAGGAAACUACGCAAGAAUCGAAGGCGGGUGAGGCGCACGUGAAACAGGAGCCUACGGAUGAUGACCAGGCCAUGGAAGAUGUCGCCGCGCACGACGAUACGAUCAUUACCGACGACGGGCUGCUACCGGUCCAGAAGGUGAAGGUGCGCCGGAAUCUAGGCUCCCGAGAGACCUCCACCGCCGUCGAGACGCCUCCGGCUAAGGAUCCCAAAAGUUUACUACGCACCAAGGAGGAUAUCGAGGAGUUUGAUCGCCACGCGCACGAUCUCGAUAUGAUGAAGGAUCUCCUGUCGCGAGAGGAGAAAGAAGAAAAGGUACCCGCGAAGGAAAAAGAUCCAGAUACGGAACAGUCCGAGAUGCCGGCGGAAGGAGAAUCCGACACCGCGGCUGACGAUAAGAAGGACGCCGAAGACAAGGAAGAAGACGAGACGGACCAGGGCAAGCUAGCGGGCCAACUCUUCCUAAUGCAGUUUCCACCCAUGACCCCCAACCUAGUUGUCCCCGGCGAGAGUGGUGAUAACGCCGAGGGCAGCGCAGAUAAUGCCCAGCAGGCCGGCGCCGAGGUUACGACUACGAACGGCGGGGUUCGCUUCCAAGAACCCGCCGUCAAGAACGAAGACGGAGUGGAAGUGCUAGACGGAGCGGACGAGACGACGGCGAGAGAGCCCUCCAAGGUCGUCACGGCGACGGACUGGCAACUGCCGGCGGGACGUGUGGGGAAGUUGAAUGUGCAUGCCUCCGGACGGGUUUCGAUGAAUUGGGGAGGGAUCAGCUUCGAACUGGAUCGCGCGACGGCGGUAGACUUUCUGCAGGAGGCUCUAAUCGUAUCCACACCGCCGAAUGCCGACGAGGUUGACGCCGAGGACGACAAGCGAGUGUGGGCGAUGGGGCAACUCAGCGGCAAGUUCACGGUGACGCCAGACUGGUCGAAGAUGUUGUGA